CUGAUCUUCACUUGAUUCAGAGAUAGUGCAGAAACACUGGCAGAUUAAACCCAGCUCAGCUAGGUAAGUCCUCUCCUACUGCAGAGGACCCGAUGACACACAUAUAAGCGCAGCUACUGAGAAUUCCAUUCAUCAAGUUGAAUUUUCUUGCGUGGCACAACCCUGGACUCCAAAGGGCAGUAUAACGCCCAGUUUCUAAACUGAAAAAGAAUCCAUCCAGUAAUACGUUGCUGAGCAGAGCUGAAGAACUUUAUCAAAGAAAAAACAAAAACAAAAAUAAAAACCAAACAAACACGAAUGACACCAGCAGUACCCAGCGGAAUCCGAUGGAUUUUGUAAGAUCCUUUUCACUCUUCAAACGAUGGCUUCGUUGAGUUUGUGGAUAGGUGACAUUUGGAGUAGGGCAUCUGGAGGGAACCCGUGGAUAAAGGACUUUUUUAGCAGGGUUGCAGCAGCAAGAGAGGAUUAAUCGGUUUUUGCUUCCUGGGGGGGGAUUUAAGAGGAGGAAAGGAAAAAGAACUAAGUCAUGGGGAUACAGCAUCUUCUGGUGAUUUUAAUAUACUUGGACCCCCUGAAUGUACUGCUCUGUGCGGGAACAAGGACAAGAAACAAGAACGGGUCUCCGAGGCGGAAAGGGAAGGAGGUCAAUAGCACUGUUAUUGCUCCAGUGGAACCCCCUAGGAAGGUUAAUACACUAAAAGCUGACCACGAUACGUGCCUCGGUUAUUACGACGUGAGCGGACAAUUUGAUAAAGAAUUUGAAUGCAAUAACACAAGUCACCGUUACUGCUGUGGGAGUUGUUACCUACGCUUCUGCUGUGAUGAGAAAGUGAAAAGAAUUGAUCAAAAAAGCUGUAGGAAUUAUGUAAGUCCGGACUGGAUCCAAACCCCCGUGCCUGGACCGCCUGAGCCAACAGUCAAUACCUACGACCCCGAUUUGGAUCAAACCAAUACAACAGUCUACAUCACAUGUGGGGUAAUCAUUUUUGUCAUCGUCGCUGGAGUCGCCGCAAAAGUUGCUUAUGACAAAGCAACACGACCACCUCAGGAAAUGAAUGUUCACAGAGCCCUUGCAGACAUUUUAAGGCAACAAGGAGCCAGCCCAAUACCGCACUAUGAGCGAGAAAAAAUAACGGCAAUAGAUGGAUCACCCAAAGAAAAUACACCUGUUCGUACUUCCAAAAACCAUUACACACCAGUCCGUACAACGAAAGCCAACCACGGAGGGCAUCACGGAAAGGAUAACUUCAGAAGUGGAGGGCCUGAUCUGCACAACUUCAUCUCAUCAGGAUUCGUGACGUUAGGAAGGGGCCAACAAAAAGGAGACCAGCAGUGGCCAGUGCAGUUGCUGUCCCAAUGCGGUAACCACCAACACAAUUAUAACCACCUGGUACUUACAAGUCCAACCCACACACCUCCAAAUGAACACCCUCGGAUGAUGAACAGCAUUCUUACUUCAGCAACCGAACCCUACGAUCUAUCUUUCUCCAGAUCAUUCCAGAAUCUAUCCCACCUCCCACCAUCCUAUGAAUCCGCGGUUAAAGCUGAUAUAAGUAAAUAUUCCUCUCUGAAGAGAUUAACAGACAAGGAAGCCGACGAAUAUUAUACAAGACGACGACACCUUCCUGAUUUAGCUGCCAGAGGAACUCUCCCACCGCACGUCAUAAAAAUGAAUCAAGACCAACAGAGCAAUUAUAGAGAAAGGCCGAGAAAGUUUCAGCGGGCUAUGUCACAGGACAGAGUUCUAUCACCGGAGAGAGUUCCUCCUCCAGAAGAAUACGGAGGCCGCAUCCUUUCUGACGAGCAACUCCUGUCUGCUGAGCGGCUUCAUUCCCAGGACCCCCUCCUUUCCCCUGAUAAGGUGAUGUCCCUCAAACGCUUUCGUGAAAAGGCCAUGUCUCGAGCCUUGUCUCACACGGAUGUAUUUGUGUCAACGCCGGUCAUGGACCGAUACAAGAUGACAAAAAUGCACUCUCAUCCUAGUGCCUCAAACAAUGUGUAUAACACUUUGACCACGAACCAAACUUCCAACAAGCGGCAGGCCUUUGCUUCGCGACGGACCCACACAGUGGAGCAGCUCCACUACAUCCCAGGACACCACCACCACUACCGUACAGCGAGCAAAACUGAAGUAACUGUUUAAUGAGAGAGCUAGGGCAUAAGCAACAAAAAAAAAGAUCCCAGCAAAAGAAAAUAGUGACCUAGUGUUGCCAAGGUAAUCUCUCGGCGAUCCAUUUUUGAUGAGCUAUUUUAACAAA